CGCUACUGCUUUCCUGUGGCCACAAGCAGAAUGGCGGCUGGGGAGUCGAACUAUCUAGGUGGCUUCUACUUCAGAUUUCUGCCUCAGAGAACUUUCUCAUCCCUGAGCACCCGGGAGAUCACCAGUCGGCUCCGCCAAUGGUCCAUGCUGGGCAGAAUCCAGGCGCAGGCGUUCAGCUUCGACCAGACGUUCCAGCCCUACCAGAAGGAUGAUUUCGUCAUGGCUUUUUUCAAAGACCCAAAUGUCAUUCCAAAUUUGCAGUUACUUUCAGAUUCUUCUGGACAGUGGACCACAUUAGGAACUGAAGUAAAAAAAAUUGAAGCUAUAAAUGUCCCGUGCACACAGCUUUCAAUGUCAUUUUUCCAGCGGUUAUACAGUGAAAAUAUUGUUCGCGAGAGUGGACACAUUGUCAAGUGCUUGGAUUCUUUCUGCGAUCCUUUUCUCAUUUCAGAUAAACUGAGAAAAGUUUUGCUCAUGGAAGACUCUGAAAAAUAUGAAGUCUUCAGCCUACUGGAAAGGGAAGAGUUCCUGUUCCGUCUUUUUAAGCAUCUCUGCCUUGGAGGCUCCCUUUGUCAGUAUGAAGAUAUGAUUAAGCCGUAUCUAGAGACAGCGAAGCUGAUCUAUAAGGAUCUGGUGAGUGUUCGGAAACAUCCUCGAACCAAGGAAAUACAAAUUACCUCUUCCGUCUUUAAAGUGAAGGCCUACGACUCUGCUGGCUUGUGCUACCCUUCAGCUAAGGAGCAUGAGCAGACGUUCUCCUACUUCGUCGUGGAUCCCAUCAAGCGUCACGUGAACGUCUUGUACCAUUGCUAUGGUGUGGGGGAGAUGGCUUAGUUUGGUUUGCAGCAUCUGUUGUGUCUCCUCGUCAGCACUGAUAGACAGAUGUGCUCUUGCAGAUCCGUCGGAAGCAGCUGUAAAGACUAUGUCGAGUUGAAGAAAGCAAACACUAAAGUGCCUUUCUCUUCGUUAGCCUGGCACACUCACACAAGAACCCCUGGUGGAGCCUGUACAAAGCAGAACGUCACAGUUUAUGUUUGUUCUAUCAACAUGGAGCCAGUCUCAAUUUCCUAUUUUUUAAAAUUGUUUGAGAGGCAAAGGCAGGCAGGUCUCUGUGA